AUGCAAAUAUGGGCCAACCCCCAGGAAGAUUUCAAGCCCCCUUCAAGUGACGACUCACAGGAAGAGCCGAGAACCCAGCAAGAUCACGCCUACAAGCCAAGAACAUUGCUUUCACGAGUCUAUGUGGUUGCUGCUGUCUUCUUACUCUUCCUCAAUUUCUUCCUGGCGCAGUAUGAUAAAUUCGUGCUCUCCUACUUCCAAGCCGAUGUGAUCAGCUCACUGAAUCUCUCAUCGUCUGAUUAUGGAGUCCUCUCUGGAUAUGCAACGGGUAUAGUCUACGCACUACUUGCUCUGCCGCUUGCAUUCGUCGCCGACUAUGUCAAGGCGAGAGUGUGGGUACUGAGUGUUGCCGCUCUCUGGUGGAGUCUGUGCGUUCUAUUCCAGGGACUUAGUCACAACUUUUGGCAGAUCCUGCUGGCAAGGAUUGGCAUGGGCAUCGGACAGGCUCCAGUCGAAGCUUUGAGCAUCAGUUUGAUCAGUGAUCUAGUGGACGCUAAGUGGCUCUACGUGGCAGAAAGUCUAUUUUAUGUCGGCGUCUACGUUGGUGAAGCGGUCAGUGGGCAAAUCGCGACAGCAUUCAACAAGACAGGCACCCCCUGGAAUGACGCACUGAGAGCUGUCGGCAUUGUGGGAAUGGUGUUGGCUGUCAUUACUCGAUGUAUUCUACGCGAGCCAGCGAGAAGAAGCGCCAUAAUUCCUCCGAUUCAAGCAAGCGAUGAUUCGCUCUUCGCAUCUCCGCUUCGAAGGAACUGGAAGUUCGCGCAUGCAACGAGGCAGAUUAAAGCGUCUGUCUCUCAGAUUGUUCGGAUGAGAUCCUUUUGGCUCCUGACUUUAUCCGCUGGUGCACGCCAAUUCUCUGGAAAUGUCUUCGGUUACUACAUGCCUUCAUACAUGUCUUCGAUAUACCCGUCCGAGAUGAGCUUGUUGUCACGAUAUGGCAUCAUCGUUGGCGUGGUUGGGUCAGUCACCGUUGUUGCUGGUGGCCUCAUUUGCACCUCCUCCGGUAAAUGGCGACCAUAUAUGCCACUUUAUUUGACUGGCGUUGGUGGUAUGAUUUCCAGCAUCUUUGUCAUUCUGAUGGUCUUUUCAAGAAGUCUUGCUGGAAACGACGAAUCCAAAGGUGUACGCAUCCUCUAUGGUGUCAUGAGUGCGGCAUAUCUCACUGCGGAAUUGUGGCUUGGAGCAUUCGCUUCUCUGCUUGCUCUCCUCUUACCACCACAGACCAAGACAUUUUGUCUCGCCAUCUACACGUGCACCAUCAUCUUAAUCUAUUCGAGCGCCCCCCAGAUGAUCGGUCUUGCAUUAAGACAGUAUGAACCAGAGAGCUCUGCUUAUAUUCAGAAGACGAGGGAUAUUCUGGCAAUAUUGAUCCCAGUCGGCUAUUGGGUAGCGGGAAUCGGAUUUCUCUUGUGCAUUCAUAAGGUCAAACGGGAUCUCCGAGGAGACAUGGUCAUGGCUGGUAGAACGAGUUGGAGGAGAAAAGCUGGAUUUGUUGGGUUCGCCGUUACCUUGAUAUCCUUGACGGUCGCCCUUUUCGUGACCAGCUUAGUAUUACGAUAG